AUGGGAACAGACAUUCUCGAAGCAUGGGACGUACGGCAUGCGCGUGUAUGUGCAGUGCUACACACGGCCGAGGUCAUGGCAGCCGUCGCGCCGCUCGCGACGUACUCGGCGCGGCAUGAGGCCAUGGUACGUAUCUUGCUGACGCAACUACGACCCGACGUACGUGAAGAGUGUCUUCUUGGACACGAGCUGGACUGUGCCUUGGCGCUGUUAUGGUGCACGCCGCACGUCCUACAAAACCCGCUGAUUGAUCGAGCGCGUGCGUUUGCGCGUGCGCGUCUCGAGGAUGUGCAGCAAGACAUGCUGCACCCCAACGACUUUACGUCGCAGACAACGCUCCAGCAUGGCGCUACAGGCACGGUCGAGGUCGUGCGGUGCCGUAUGGAUCGGCGUCUGUACGUCCUCAAAACGAUCCUCAAAGGCGUAGCGCGACGUGAAGCCUAUCGCUUCUCGCCUGUGUUUGAGAGCCAGAUCUUGGCGCAUGGCCACCGUACAGACGAAGAUGCCUCGUUCACAUACACCCCGCAACUGCAUGCGGCGUUCCAAAGUGCGCGAUCCGUGCACCUGCUCAUGGAAUACUUCCCGGCCGGCGACUUGGAUGCGCUGCUCCAAGCGGCCGCCCAAGCGGGGCCUGGCUACCCCGGCAAAAGCGACAAGGGGCUCCUGCAAGAGGCCUGGGUCGUCCGCUACGCCAUCGAUAUGGUCGCAGCGAUCGGCUGGCUUCAUGACCUGCACUUUGUGCAUCGCGAUAUCAAGCCCUCGAAUUUCUUGCUGCAUCGCAGCGGCCGUUUGAAACUGUGUGAUUUUGCUACGUGUGCGCCCUUUGCGGCGUUUGACGAGGGCGCGACGACCGUACGACGCGUCUUGGCGUUCUAUACACAGCGCCCCGCUGGCACGUGCGACUACAUUGCCCCGGAGGUUCUCAAGUGUGAGGAAAUGCGGCUGCAGCAGGUAUGGCCCUCGCCCUCGGGCACGUCGCCCAGCUCGGUGUCCCUGCCGGAGUACGCCCCCGAUCGACGAGUCGCGGGUGGGUACGGCCCCGCCGUGGAUUGGUGGAGUUUGGGCGUGGUGUUGUACGAAAUGACGCUCGGUCGUCUGCCGUUUUGGGCGCCGCGUCCUGCCGAUGUCUACGCCCACAUUGCGAAUCACGAGCAGCACUUUGCGAUGAGCGCUGAUGCAUGCUCCGACGCGCUUCGUGAUUUGAUCGGCUCGUUGGUGUGUCCCGAGUCGCGGCGUAUCGGCCGCGACGCGACGGCCGACGUCCAAGCGCAUUGUGUGUUUUCGCAUGUGGCCUGGGAUCGCAUUGAGUCGCUUCCCCCGCCGUUCGUCCCGGAGAUCGCGCCGGGGACGGGCGGCGGGACGGAUGCGUUGGUAAGUGUGCUGCAUAGUCCUGCGCCGGCCGGGUGGGACUCGGUCACGAUGGAGACGCCGCCAAGCUUUUCCGCGAUAUUCCCAGGGCCUGUCGACCAGUUCCCGGGGAUGGAAGCAUGGGACGACGACGAGGACGACGACGAGGCCGCUGCCGCCGCCAUGCCCACAUGGGCAUCACACUCGCCCACCGACUCCGUCCCGACCUCGGCAGAGGCCUCGCCAGCCCCCGCUGCGAUGCUCACGCCGCCUUCGCCGCUCAGUUACACGGCUUGUGCCGAUAUCGAUACGCAUUUCUGUGCGUUUAGUUUCUUCCCGGCCGCGCACGCCUUCCAGCCGGAUACGGCGGUGGCCGAGCCCGUCCCCCCGCCGCCGAGGCCCCCCAGCGCGUCGGCCGCGGCGACGAGGCCUCCGCCGACUGCCUCCACACCGUUCAGCAAGCCGUCCACGGGAGGAGGAGCAGCAGCAGCAGCAGCAGCAGCGCCGCCCAUUACGCCGGCGAUGCUCCUGUCGCCUGAUAUGCUCCUCUGGCGUCGGCCGCCAGACGACGUGCCAUCGUCGCACAUGGCCUCGACGCCGUUCCGACCGACGUCCAGUACGUUGGCGCCUGUCGUGACGGCCACAGCGCCGCCGCGCUCGCCCUACCCGUUCCCCGCGCCGCCGCGGCCUACGCAUACGCCCCACUCCCCCGCCGUAGCGAGGCUGCGCGAUACCAUGGGCUCCGAUACGCGGCAUUCAGGUGGGAGUACGUGGAAACGCAAUGUAUCGGAGCGCCAGGCGUGGAAAGAAAUGAUGGACGCUGUGGAGCACACAGCGCGCCAAGCCGAAGGGCCAGCGCCGCCGCAGCGUGCCGCUACGUCGCGGCUGUCCAGCACGCCCGUACUCCCGACGUCGGCCUACCAACCGGCAGCGCCGACGUCGCUGCGACGCGUGCCGGAAAGCAGCGAUACAUCGACGGCGUCCAGUAUGUCGUCGCCCGACAGUGCGCGGCACCUUGUCGCCGAGGAUCCUACGGCGGAGGAGAGCCCGGCGCGGUCGCCGUACCUGCGGCGCGUCGUUUCGUCCAUGGACAUGGCGCGGGCGUACGGCUCGGCGGCCGUCGUAGGCGCCGACGAGCAUGCGCCAGGCGGCGGCGAGUUGCGGCAUCGGCGCAGCACGCGCCAGCUCUUGCUGGACGCGCAAGUGACAUCCACCCCGACACGCGCAGCACGGAGUCUGUCGCUCGUACCGCCGCCGAGCCACGAUGCGUCGCCGCCGCGUGGGCACACGCUGCGUACGCUGCGUGGCAGUGCGUCUGUGCGUGAUUUCCGGCAAGAGUACCUGCGGCGCGAGACGGAGCAGUACGUCCUACCGACGCUUGGCGAGGCGCAGCCCCUGGCGUCGCCCACGUCGUCGUCGUCGUCGACCCGCCUCCCGUCGAUGGACAGCCACAAGACAUUGUCCGAGUACCGCCGCACGCAUUCGCAGGCGCUAAGUGAGUCGGACGACACGUUCGGCAAGCGCACGUCGCUCUCGCACAAACCGAUGCCGUCCGCGCGGCGCAUGCAGUCGUCGCUGGGCCUCUCGGGCCUCUACCGCCACGGCCGGCCGUCCGCGGUGAUGGCCAGCGUGCCGGAAGGCACCGCGUCGAAGCCCAUGUCGUGGACCUCGGCGCAGUCGUCGGCAGGCCGCGAUGCCCUGGCACGUAUGCGGCGCGAGCAGCAGCACAUUGAGCAGAGCGUCACGGAUUUGGAGCAGGAACUGGACGCGCUGCGCACCCGCGUCGACCGCUUGCCCCUGUAA